AUGAAGCUUCAGCUUACCUCAGUUCUCAUCCUCACGCCCUCUGUCCUAGCCCAGGUGGCAUCUGGCCCCCCUAGCGGAGAACAUUAUUCGCCGAUUCCACUCAACACCUUGUCAGAAAACUCGACAUCAGUCAACGCAGUACCCUACCAGGCAAAUGCAUCGCUCUACUAUCUGGGGUACAAAGGCGAUGACUGGACGCGACCGUUCUCUAAGUACUGGAACCCCCUCAUGAAGCCGAUCACGGACGAAGUGCAAAAGGGGAUGACUGAAAGCCCCUAUGCGAGUAGAUUGGCCUAUACUCCACAAGAAGCCGCUGGCUAUCUUACUCGAUCUGGCAAUUCACACGAAUAUGGGCAAUGGCAUGUUGAGAAGUCGACCAUGAGCUGGCGUAGCGCUGACCGUACUCUAGUUACUGGCGAGAUGUACGAUUGGUGGUUUGGGUGGCACUUAGCCGACCCUCAGAGAUAUAAAUUGUGGCACCCAGUCGCUCAUCAAUAUGCCUGGCGGUACCCUAAUGUCGCCGACUGGGGGAAUAAGACUCUGCCGCAACGCUAUAUUGGAUCCCAUUCUUUCAUUAACGAGUUCAUUGGCAACUUUGCCUCCAAACUGACUGUUAAUUUCGUCGAACCUGAAUCCAUCGGAUUUAACACAAGUGCUUUCGCAUCUCAAGGCAUUGAGGCCAUGGUUGUCGGGCACAUUACAAACGAACACGUUACCAAUGUCACUGGCAACUCCUAUCUGAUGCAUCAAAUUCGUCGCAAGGAUGACGGGAGUCGCGAGUUGCGAUCCCGAUUCUUCCUGGAGCAAUUCACCGAGGAUCAAGGCCACCAACUGGGCGUUCAUUGCGCGCUUGAGAUGUCUCACCUAGCAACAUUCCUGCCUAAAUUGUACGCCGAGUUCAAGGAUACCGUCUAA